AUGCGUUUAAUUUGGCUGCUUUUCUAUUUUUGUGUUGGUUGGGUUUUGAGUUAUCAAGCUCCUGGAGUUUAUCCGGAAAAUGAGCUGAAAAAUGACGUGGAAACGGUGGCAAAGAAUCCAUAUCAGAGUAAUGGUUGGAGUGGAUAUGAUUUUUAUUAUGAGAAAAAUCCGGGUGAGUUGGUUUUUUGAGGGAAAAAUUAUGUAAUUGAGGUUGGGCAAUUUUUUUAAAAAGCCCUUUAAGGCCUUCUGAGGCCUUCUGAAGCCCUUUAAAACCUUCUGAAGCCUCUUGAAGCCUCCUGAAGCCCCUUAAAGCCUUCUGAAGCUCCCUGAAGCCUUCUGAAGCCUUUUUAAGCCUUCUGAAGCCCUUUAAAGCCCUCUAAAAUCUUCUGAAGACUUUUGAAGCCCUUUAAAGCCUUCUGAAGCCCUCCGAAGCCUUCUCAAGCCCUUAAAAGCCUUCUCAAGCCCUCCGAAGCUUUCUGAAGACCUUUAAAAUCUUCUGAAGCCCUUUAAAGCCUUCUCCAGCCCUCCGAAGCCUUCUGAAGCCUUUUAAAGCCCUCCUAAGCCUUCUAAGUCCUUCCGAAACCACUUGAAACCUUCUGAAGCCUUCUGAAGCCCUUCAAAACCUUCUAAAGCCUCUUGAAGCCUUCUGAAGCUUUCUAAGCCCUUCCGAAACCACCUUAAAGCCUUCUCAAGCCCUCCGAAGCCUUCUGAAGCUCCCCCUGAGCUUCCUAACGAAAUCGAAUUUUCAGCAGCCGCUCUGAAAAAACCAACCCCACCCAUCUCGACUUCUUCCGACAAAGAAUCUCCGACCGAUCCAAAAGAAAUCGAAGUAGCAGCAAGUAGUACAACAGGUAAACCAACAAGCACUAUCAGCACCACCAUACCUUCACCAAAACACGCACGCUCACUACCAAUUUUUGAUGUUGUGCCUGAUUAUCCCGAUGGAAUUGAUCAGUUGUCUGCGGAAAGUGAUUUAGAUUUAGACAGAGUUCUGGCUGAUACAAUGCAUCAAGUUAUCGGCAAGGUUAAAGGUUUGCACAGUGUUUUGAAAAAAAAUUAAUUUCUAAAAAAAAAUUUUUUCUAGAAGAACGUCUGAACACAAGUUCUAACAUCGCACACGCCAAAAAAACUCUAACAGUUCCUGGCGCUUCUAAACUAACACCAAUUACACCUUCUUUACCCCAGGCACCAAGUGAUGAUGAAUAUGCGAAAAUGGUUUUGCCUGAUGAUGCUGAUCUUUCACUUCAUGUAAUAUCUAGCACUACUAGCACUACUAGAAGUGUAACUUCCACACAACCUGUAACUUCACGAGGUCCACCAGCCUCUACACCACCCCCACCGGCACCUGUACCCUAUUCAGCACCUCGGGAAGCUUCCGCAACAUCUACCAAAGCCUCUCCUGAAGCCACCACCACCACAUCUUACCCUGACAUCUCAGUUUCAUCCGUGAUACUACCAUCAAUUGCACCAUACUCUAUCUCAAUUGUAGCGCACUCAUCGAAAAUCUAUCAACCCAAGUCUGAGCCUGAACUUGUGUCAGCACCGAUUCCAGAAUCAACUUCUACCUCGGCUUCUCUAUCAGAGUAUCCAGGGAGUUCUCAAAACCGAGUCGCACCAUCCCACCCUGGCACAAAUUCUCACUACCUUCCACCAUCCCCAGCACCAACACAAACUUCCACAUCUCACUCAGGUUAUGAAAUCCACCAGACAACAUCAGCACCAUCACAAAACCGAGUUGCACCAUCCCACCCUGCCACAAAUGCUCACUACGCACCCACCCAAUUCAAACCAACUCUUUUGGAGGAGAUGUUUGCCACAAUGGCACCAAGCCCCUAUUUUGUUGCACCCAACAAGAUCACACAUUCUGCAGAUCAACAACAAACUAAUUCGCAUGCUGAGUCAGACUAUGAUAAUUUUGAUAGUGGCUACGAGAGCACAACGCAUGAAUCAAUAAUGAGAGAACUUAGUAUUAGGGAUAUUGAUCGGAUUGGUGGUAAGUUUAGUAACUAGAUUAUAGUCUUAAACUUUUUCUGUAACUUCUAAGGGGAUGACUUCCCAAGGGAUGAAUACUCCAAAAUCCUAGGACUCGCCCAAAAUAUAGUUAUGACGUGGCAAAGUUGCCAGAGCUGUCAAAAAUCGGAUUCAGAGACAAUAUUUUUUGAAUUCUGAUUUCACAGCGUUGUUCAGCAGAGUCGAUUUUGUAAGUUCAAUACAGUUCGCCACCUGAAUUUCAAUUUUCCGAACAGACAGUUCGAACCUAGGGUAAUCGACUCUGCUGGGCAACGCUCUGAAAUAAAUCCGAUUUUUGACAGUUGUGGCAACUCUGCCACGUCAUAACUAUAUUUUUGGCGAACUCUGGUAUUUUUAGAGUGUGCAUCCCUUGGGAUGAUGCCAAAGUUACAGAAAAAGUUUGUUAAGUGAGUCCCAAAAGUUCAAAAAAAAAUAUUCCAGAUGAAUUCGAGAGAAAUUUGGAGAGCGUAGAUUUCGGCGAAUCUUUGGCUUCCAACAAUUUGAAAUCGCUCGCAAGAAAAUCGAUCAAAAAGUGCUGUUCGUGUUGCGAGUCGGAGAAACAACCAGUUUCUCGUCAAGUUCAAGAUUUGCCCGCCGAAGAAGUCUUGAUUGCUGAAAAUGUUGUACUGCAGCCAGCUUCAGUGGCCGGGGAGGCAUAUGUUAAUCCACCAGCUCCCAGAGCAACUCUAGCUCCACAGCCACAGCCCCAAACAAUUUAUCAAAACCCGAUUGUCCAAUAUCAAUAUCCUCAACAGUAUCCUCAAUCAUGCGGAUGUUCUGCACCUCCACCACCUGUCAAUUGCUGUCCAGCCCCACAACCUUGUUGUCUCCCAACAAUCCCGUGCUGCCCUCAGGUUCCCUGCUGUCCCCAGCCAAAGAUCUGCUGUCAACCGCCGCCCCUGAUCAUCCCAUCGUGCCCAAUUCCAUAUUGUGGAAGAGCAUGUCCGACAUGUCCGUGUCGUAGUCGAAGAGUGAAACGAUGUGCGGGAAGAUCGAAGAGACAGAUCGCUCCAUUCGUGAGUUCAGGGGAGACACCUUUUGAUCGUUGAUCUUCGAAUCUUUCAGCUUCAAUCAUCUUGCGGGAAUUGCGGAGCUUCGCAACUACGUUCGCCUCGAGUCAAAAGAAUGGGAUGUUUACCAUGUCUUGGUAGAAAGAAGCGAGAUACUGAUGAGAAUUCACAUCUUCGCGUGAAACGAAUGGUAGGUUCAGGAUCUGAAAGUUUUCUACAGCCUUCUAAAGCCCCCUGAAGCCUUCAAAGGCCUUCAAAAUUCUUCCAAGGCCUUCUGAAGCCUCUUAAAGCCUUCUAAAGCUUUCUGAAAUCACCUCAAGUCUCUUAUAGCCUUCGAAGGCCUUCUGAAGUCUCCCAAACCUUCUGAAGUGACCUCGAGCCUUCUGAAGCCUUCUAAAGCCCAUCAAAGGCCUUCGAAAUCCUCCCAAAGUCUUCUGAAGCCACCACAAGCUUUCUAAAUCCUUCUGAAGUCUUCUUAAAGCUAGAACACCCUGAAUCUAACCUCCAAAUUUCCAAAAACAAUAGGUAGAAGCUUCUGAAGCCACCUAAAGCUUCUCAUAGCCUUCUGAAGCCUUCUAAAGGCCUUCAGAACACAUCGAGCCUUCAGAAGCGACCUAGAGCUUUCUGAAGCCACUUCAAGCCUCUUAAGGCCUUCGGAAGCCUUCUGAAGAUUUUUGAAGCCUUAUGAAGCCUUUUGAAGCCUUCAAAGGUCUUCUAAAACCUUCUGACCCCUCCUCCAGCCUUCUGAAGCCUUCAAAAUCCUUCUGAAUCUCACAAUCCAACUUCCAGGGCUGUCUUCCAUGUUUGGGACGAAAAAAGAGAAGCGCCCCAAAUUGCUCACAAUGCUCAAACCUCGCUCAAAUCUUCCAACGCCACAAAAGAUCCAUCGGAACUGGUUGCACCCAAUGUACUGCCGCUUCUAGAACCAAACGAGAAGUUCCAUGCGAUUGUCAACAACUUCGUGGGAAGCGUUCGAUCACUAAAAGGAAGCGAAACAUCGGAGAGACUUGCGAUAAAUCAUGCUGUGACUAUUCGAAAUGUUUGAACCGCGCAAAAAAGAGCAAUCCAUAA